AUGGCUGACUCCGCCGUCGGUGUGCGCAUCAAUGGGCGAAUGUUAGGCAACAUUAUUCUGCACCCCAACUGUCAUCCGUUCACUCUGAGAAUUCACUCGUUCAUCCAUCCCCCCCCCAGCUACGGCGGGAGCGCCACGCCGUCGUCGGCGUACGGCCAGCCGCCCAGCGCGGGGCCCGGCUACGGGGGGCAGGGCGGGGGGGCCUACGGCGGCGGGAGUGGCGGCGCUCCGGGCGGGGGCUACGGGGCCAGCCAGCCGCCCCCCCAGCACGGCGGCGGCGGCGGCGGCGGCGCCCCCUACAACCAGCCCUCGGGCUACAGCUCCCCGGCCGCCCAGAGCUACGGCCAGCAGGGGCAGUACGCCCCCGGUGGAGGCUACGGGCAGGACAGCCCCCCAAUCAGCGGAGGGGGGGGCGGCGGCAGCUACAGCAGCCAGGACAGCGGCUACGGGGGUCCGGAGGGCCCCUCCGGCCGCGGGCCCCGCGGCGGGGGCUACGGCGGCGGGUUCGGGGGUCGCGGCGGCGGCGGCGGCUUUGAGCGGGGCUUCGACCGCGGGGGCCGCGGUGGGCCCCGGGGCCGAGGGGGAAUAGGAAUGGGCGACCGUGGAGGAUUCAAUAAGUUUGGUGGGCCGAGAGAGCCAGGACAUGGACAUGGGGGACCUGGCUCCUUACCAGAUCAGGAUAACUCUGACAACAAUACCAUCUUCGUGCAAGGCCUAGGAGAUGAUUACACUGUUGAGGCAGUCGCUGACUUCUUUAAGCAGAUUGGCAUCAUCAAGAUCAACAAGAAGACGGGUCUGCCGAUGAUCAACCUCUACACUGACCGGGACACGGGCAAGCUGAAGGGGGAGGCCACCGUCUCCUUCGACGACCCCCCCUCCGCCAAGGCCGCCAUCGACUGGUUUGACGGGAAGGAGUUCAGCGGGAACCCCAUCAAGGUGUCCUUCGCCACCCGCCGGGCCGACUUUGGGGGCCGGGGGGGCAUGCGCGGCGGGCGCAGCCGCGGAGGACCCGCGGGUCGAGGGGGCUUCGGAGGGGGGCGACCCGGUGGUUUCCCAGGGGGCAACGGGGGAGGAGUCGGCAGCGGUGGGAACGGAGGCGGACAGCAGAGGGCCGGCGAUUGGAAAUGUUGCAACCCUGAAUGCAGCAACUUGAACUUCUCCUGGCGCAACGAGUGCAACCAGUGCAAGGCCCCCAAGCCGGAGGGGGCCGGGGGAAUGCCCACCAUGGAAAGAGGGGGGUACGGUGGGGGCGGCGGCGGCCGGGGGGGCUUUGAGCGCGGCGGGGGCUUCAGAGGACGGGGAGGCGACCGGGGGGGGGCCUUCCGGGGAUCCCGGGGAGGGUUCGGACCCGGGAAGAUGGACAGCAGGGGCGAUCACAGACAGGAGCGGCGGGACCGGCCUUACUGAGGGGGGGGAGGGGAGGGGGGGGGGGCACCCAACUCAGAGUCCCUGCCUGCCUGAUCACCACACACACCCAAAUCCCCCAACCACAACGCAUGGACCGGCCAUGUUUUUACCCCCCUUUCAUGACCCCCCAGGCCCCAUCAAGGACUUUGACGUGUCGUGUUUUAGUUUAGUGGUACGCAACUCUUUCUUUCUUUCUUUCUUUCUUUCUUUCUUUCUUUCUCUCUCUCUCUCUCUCUCACUCUCACUCUCUCUCUCUCUCUCUCUCUCUCUCUCUCUCUCUCUCUCUCUCUCUCUCUCACUCUCACUCUCUCACUCUCUCUCUCUCUCUCU